GGCUUGUUACACAACAGAACUCUUUGACAACAAUCCAGGGUCCAGUUUUUCCCCUUGUCCAGCAUGCGUGCGACGGAAACUUUAUCAGCUUCCUCUGGCAUAGGAUAUAAAUCAGUCUGAGCACUCCAUCCAGGCACUCCAACCAAACACUCACAAGUGCUUCACCAUGAAGUCCGUCUGCCUCCUCCUCCUCCUCGCAGGGUCCCUCACUCUCUGGACCGUGGUGCCCUCUGCCUCUGCAAAAGGUGUGAAGCCCGGAAGCUGCCCUUUCUAUCCUGCCGUAGUCCGGGAACCCUGUGUCACAAAAUGCUAUAGUGACAUGGACUGCCCUGGGGAUCAAAAAUGCUGUCCAGUAAUGUGCUCCUGGCUCUGUGAAAAUCCUGAUAAAGGAAAACCAUGAGAGGGAGGCGGAGUCUGAUCCGGCCACAGCCUGUCUGGACUGAAUUCCUAUGGUUUGGACUCAGUGAUGACUCCGGGUCCAGGUCCUUCCCAACCCGCUGUUCUAGAUCUGCAUUCCCACCCCCCCCACCUCUGCAAUAAAGUUAGCUA